CCCUGCAACGAUUAGGAUAUCAAGGAAAUCAACAGCCGACAACAUGGCACGGUCCCGAGUGAUGGUGCGCCUGUUUGCCAUUUUUCACUUGCUGAUCGACAAGAUUCUUACCGUGAUCCUCAAGCGGUUCUGGGGACCCAGCAAACAGCGAUGUCCAGCGUUGCAACGCAAGCGCAUGAUCGUCACGUACAGUGCGGUCGAACUGGCCAGAAUGAUUCGCCAGCGCGAAGUUUCUUGCUACGAAGUGGUCAGUGCUUUUAUCGACCGGCUGAACGAGGUGAACCCGCUGAUUAACGCCGUUCUAGACGGUCCGUUCGUGGACGCUCUCGACGAAGCCCGGCGCAUCGACGAACAGUUACAACAAGGUUUGAUCGGCGAAACGGAACUGGCGGCCAAACCGUUCCUCGGAGUACCGUUCACGACCAAGGACAGUACGGCGGUCAAGGAUCGGUUGCACACGCUCGGGAUCCUAGCCCGGCGCACCGUUAGGUCCAACAACGAUGCCGAAUGCGUACGAUUGAUGAAGGAAGCGGGCGGCAUUAUCAUCGCGACCACGAGCAUUCCAGAAAUUAACCGCUGGCAAGAAACACGGAACAACAUCAUUGGGCAGACGAACAAUCCUUACGACAAUCGGCGCACCGUGGGGGGAUCGAGUGGCGGCGAAGGAGCCCUUUUGGCCGCCUGUGCCACUGCGAUUGGCUUAGGAACCGAUAUUGGAGGUUCGAUACGGAUGCCGGCAUUCUACUGUGGCAUUUACGGUCACAAACCAACAACGGGAGUGGUCAACACUCGUGGUUGCUCGCUUCGUACAGGCCGGGAGCCCUCCACCAUGGUCGUUGCUGGGCCGAUGACACGCUACGCGACCGAUCUACUGCCCGCCAUGAAGGUCCUUGUCGGUCCGCAAACAGCAGCCGCCCUCAGACUGAACGAACCGACGGAUAUACGCAAACUGCGGUACUUCUUUAUCGACGAAUCCGGGGACAUCAAGUGUAGUGCCGUGCAGCCGCAGCUGAAACAGGCGAUGAGUCGCGUCGUGCAGCACUUUGCAACCAACGUCGUGCCAGAAACCGGAGUCCGGCGUGUGAAGUUGAUCGGAACCGACCAUACGACCAACAUGUGGCGGUACUGGAUGACACAGGAACCGGCCAACUUUGCUACACUGCUCGGCAACGGGAAACCGGUCAAACCGUUGGUGGAGCUGCUCAAAAAGCUCACUGGCCGCAGUGAUUUUACGAUGGCAUCAGUCUACUCGCUAAUGGACACGCUGCUACCGCAAGAACGUGAGGAUGUGAUGAGAGAGCUGACGCGUCGCUGCGAUCAGGAGCUGACCGAGCUGCUGGGGGAUGAUGGAGUACUGUUCUAUCACAGCACCACGCACACCGCCCCUUACCACUAUGCCGCGUUUAUAAACGUUUACAACUUUAGCUACUGGUGUCUGUUCAAUGUGUUGCACGUUCCGGCAACGCAGGUGCCGCUGGGUCUGGAUGCAGAUGGCUUACCGCUCGGAAUACAGGUGGUGGCGUCGCGAAACCGCGAUCGCCACUGUCUGGCGGUGGCCGAAGAGAUUGAGCGAGUUUUCAAUGGGCACAUUCCACCGUUUCUUGUUGAAUAAGUGCCAGUAAGUGAUCAGUAAUCAGAGCCACAUGGUCAGUAGGGAGAGGAUUAAUUUAUUAACAAUCAGGACACUUUACGGAAAUCUCUGUCGUGAGAGGCGCUGGCUCGGCUAAGUCCAGUGGAGCAACCACAAUUGCUCUCUAAGCAUCGGAUGCACAACUGGCGUUUUCGCUGUCCUCUCCCGAUCCUCUCUUUGGUAUGGUUAUUAUAUAUUUAUUUCAUAUCGUUAGUCGGUGUUUCUCUUUUUUGUCGUUAAA